AUUAAUUCAGAACCGGGGUCUAGCUCUUUCCCCUUAUCGUUUUCUCACCUUCUCUCUCUUGGCCCAACCUACCCCCCUUGCUGAAUUUUUACCCUCUUCAAGUUUUUGGAUCAGAGAUUUAUAAGGCUGUUGGAGUUAGGCAGGAGGUAGAGGGAGUUUGGAUUAAUGGCUGGAAACCCCAACAAACCCUGCAACACUGAAACUACUAAAGAGGAGAAAGGAAAAGAUAGCAAUAAAAAGAAAGAGGAGGAGAAGGAAAUGGCUCCAACAUCAUCUAGUGCUAUGCAUCGGUCGAGCUCAAGACCUCAACUAGAUGUCAGUGGUGCUGCUAUACAAGGAAAUUUCGAGGAGAGGAACCCGACGAUUCUAUUGCCUAAUCAGUCUGAUGACAUCUCACACCUCGCUCUUGACAUUGGAGGAUCCCUUAUCAAGCUGGUUUACUUUUCACGGCGUGAGGAGCAGUCAUCCCAUGAUAAGAGGAAGAGAUCAUCAAAGCAAAGGUUUUGGAUUUCUAACGGAAACAGAAGGAGCUACCCGAUUCUUGGUGGAAGGCUCCACUUUGUAAAAUUUGAGACAGGAAAGUUAAAUGAGUGUGUUGAUUUCAUUUCGUCCAAGCAACUUCAUCGUGGUGGAAUUGAUUCACCUUCAUGGCGUUCUGGGAGUCAGACUGAUCAGAAUAUAGUAAUUAAGGCCACAGGUGGCGGAGCAUAUAAAUUUGCAGAUGUCUUUCGAGAGAGACUUGGGGUUAGUCUUGAGAAGGAAGACGAAAUGGACUGUCUUGUAGCUGGAGCUAAUUUCUUGCUUAAGGCAAUUCGGCAUGAAGCUUUUACACACAUGGAGGGCCAGAAGGAGUUUGUGCAGAUUGAUCAUAAUGAUUUAUUUCCAUAUCUUCUUGUCAACAUUGGCUCUGGAGUUAGUAUGAUCAAGGUAGAUGGUGAUGGGAAGUUUCAAAGAGUUAGUGGUACAAAUGUUGGAGGAGGUACUUAUUGGGGCUUAGGGAGGCUAUUAACAAAGUGCAAGAGUUUUGAUGAAUUGUUAGAGUUGAGCCAGAGAGGAGACAAUAGUAAUAUUGACAUGCUUGUCGGAGAUAUAUAUGGUGGAUUGGACUAUUCCAAGAUAGGUCUCUCGGCAUCAACUAUUGCCUCUAGUUUUGGAAAGACAAUUUCAGAAACCAAGGAGCUGUCUGACUACAGGCCUGAGGAUAUUUCUCUAUCCCUCUUGCGGAUGAUUUCAUACAACAUUGGGCAGAUCUCGUAUUUAAAUGCACUUCGCUAUGGACUCAAAAGAAUCUUUUUUGGAGGAUUUUUCAUUCGAGGCCAUGCUUACACAAUGGAUACCAUAUCCUUCGCUGUGCACUUCUGGUCAAAAGGACAGGCACAGGCCAUGUUUUUGCGCCACGAGGGAUUUUUAGGAGCUAUUGGUGCCUUUAUGAGUUAUGAAAAACAUGGACUCGAUGACUUGAUGGCGCACCAGUUCGUUGAACGAUUUCCUAUGGGGGCUCCUUAUGUUGGGGGAAAGAUUCAUGGUCCUCCUCUUGGUGAUUUGAAUGAGAAGAUUUCAUGGAUGGAGAAGUUCAUCCAGAAGGGUACUGAGAUUACAGCUCCUGUUCCAAUGGCUCCCCCAGGCACUACUGGCGUAGGAGGUUUUGAACGGCCGUCUUCCAAAGGUGAUACUUUGCGUUCAGAUGCAAGCGCUGAAUUAAAUAUUGGGGUUCUCCAUCUAGUACCUUCAUUGGAGGUGUUUCCAUUGUUGGCAGACCCUAAAACGUAUGAACCAAACACUAUUGAUCUCUCAGACCAUGGUGAGCUAGAGUAUUGGUUUACAGUGCUAUCAGAACAUCUGCCUGAUCUUGUUGAUAAGGCAGUGGCAAGUGAAGGUGGAACUGAUGAUGCUAAAAGAAGGGGAGAUGCAUUUGCUCGUGCUUUCUCAGCUCACUUGGCAAGGUUAAUGGAAGAACCUGCGGCAUAUGGGAAAUUAGGCUUGGCCAACCUAUUGGAGCUAAGGGAAGAAUGUCUUCGAGAGUUUAAUUUUACAGAUGCAUAUAUCACUAUCAAACAGAGGGAGAACGAGGCAUCUCUUGCUGUUUUACCUGACCUUCUUAUGGAGCUUGACAGUAUGAAUGAGGAGAGGAGACUUCUCACUCUUAUUGAAGGUGUUCUAGCUGCAAACAUUUUUGAUUGGGGAUCUCGUGCUUGUGUGGACCUUUAUCACAAGGGGACAAUUAUUGAAAUUUAUCGCAUGAGUCGCAAGAAGAUGCAGCGUCCUUGGCGGACAGAUGAUUUUGAUUUAUUCAAAAAAAGAAUGCUUGGUUCUGGGGAUCAGAAUGUACAACCAUAUAAAAGAGCAUUGCUGUUUGUUGAUAACUCUGGUGCCGAUAUUGUUCUUGGCAUGCUUCCUUUGGCUCGUGAACUACUACGUCGUGGAACUGAGGUUGUUCUAGUCGCAAAUUAUUUGCCUGCUUUAAAUGAUGUUACUGCUAACGAGCUUCCAGAAAUUGUAGCUGAAGCUGCAAAGCAUUGCGACAUCCUUAGGAAAGCAGCUGAAGCUGGAGGAUUGCUUGUAGAUGCCAUGAUCAACAUCCAAGACAGGCAGAAAGAAAGUUCAGAUUCAGUUCCUUUAAUGGUUGCUGAAAACGGGUGUGGGAGCCCAUGCAUAGACUUCCGGCAAGUCAGCUCAGAGCUUGCUGCUGCCACCAAAGAUGCUGACUUGGUAAUCUUAGAAGGAAUGGGCCGAGCUCUUCAUACCAACUAUAAUGCCCGUUUCAAAUGCGAUGCCUUGAAGCUCGCAAUGGUGAAGAAUCAGAGGUUGGCAGAAAAGCUUGUUAAUGGGAACAUAUAUGACUGUGUUUGUCGCUUUGAACCUGCCCAAGAAUUGUAAUAGCACGAUUUCAGCUUAUGCGGCUGCUAUGUUUGGUAAGC